GGAGCAGUUGUGGCAGGAACCGUGGAACAAAGCAGCAGGCAGCAGAAGCUGAGCGGAGAGAGAGGAGCGCGCAUGAAUAACGCUCUAAAGAGAUCAGAGUCAUUCCCGUCACUCUCCGCCGGCCGCAGUCAUGUCGCGAUGCUGCAGCCUCACUGAAUGUCGUACAAAAAAGGAUGGACCCCGGCGAAACAGAAAGGAAAGCGGGUAAGGACCGAUAAAACACCUGAGGACCGCGGCGUCUUGGAGACCUUCCCACGGAGGAGAGCGCAGAGAGGGUGAGCGCUUCCAGUUGGCAUCAAGAUAGAAACUGGAUAAUUGUCGAUUUCCAUUUUGAGCUGAAUGACUUUAAAGUUUCUUUUAUUACUUUGCUAAAUGUUUGGAGCCAGAUAUAUUUUUUAAGCCAACCCUGGACGCCCUUGCGUUUUACGAGCUGUCCAAUGCUGUCCAAUGCCACGCAGCAAGGCGCACGCUGUCAUAAAAAUAAUAAUAAAUAAAAAUCAGCAUGAACACCUAAAGCUGCCCCUGAAUUUCAAGGACGUUCAACAAGAGAUCGGCCUGCCAGGGAAGAUUUAGAUAAUUACAUGAAAACUGCUGCUGACUUGGGAGUGCGGAUGCAAACAACAGCUGGAAAAUUCUUCCCCCUCUACAAACUAGAAUGUCGACCAUCUGCGCCGCUGAUGCUUAUGCUGCUGUUUCUUCUGCUGCGGGAAUCUGUGAACCGGGGAUUUUUGGAAAGGAGAUUUCUAAAGGGAAAAGUUUAAAAAAUGUAUAGCUGCACUUGCACAAAAAUGUUUUUUGUGACGAGCAGCCAGUGGAUGACCCAAUCCAAGAGAGAGCUGGUGCCUAGACAGUUGGCAUAUCCCGCAUCUGUGUAAAAAAAAAAAAAAACUCCAGCAGAAGCACAGCUGCUGCAGGCUGGGGAUGUGAUGGGGUGAUUGCUGACAUCCCCAUUCGCCUACCCUCCCUCUCUUACUGUAUAAGCGCCGUGAUUAAAAACAAUGGAUCAGAAUUUCUCAACGGUACGAGAUGGCAAGCAGCUCACUCCAGAGAGAGACUCAUCCAAGCGAGUCCUGACGGGAUGCUUUCUCUCCCUGCUCAUCUUCACCACGCUGCUUGGUAACACCCUGGUGUGCGCCGCUGUCACCAAGUUCAGACACCUGAGGUCAAAGGUCACCAACUUCUUUGUGAUCUCGCUAGCCAUCUCGGACCUUCUGGUGGCUAUUUUGGUGAUGCCGUGGAAGGCGGCCACAGAGAUUAUGGGGUUUUGGCCGUUUGGGGCAUUCUGCAAUGUCUGGGUAGCAUUUGACAUCAUGUGUUCUACUGCCUCCAUCUUGAACCUGUGUGUGAUUAGUGUCGAUCGUUACUGGGCUAUCUCGAGCCCGUUUCGUUACGAACGCAAAAUGACCCCUAAAGUGGCUUGCCUGAUGAUCAGCGUAGCAUGGACCCUCUCUGUACUCAUCUCCUUCAUCCCUGUUCAGCUGGACUGGCACAAAGCUGAGACCACCAGCUAUACAGAGCUAAAUGGGACAUACCCCAGCGACCUGCCCCCUGAUAAUUGUGACUCAAGCCUUAACAGGACCUAUGCCAUCUCCUCCUCCCUCAUCAGCUUCUACAUCCCCGUGGCGAUUAUGAUCGUCACCUACACCCGGAUUUACCGCAUUGCCCAGAAACAGAUACGGAGAAUAUCUGCCCUGGAACGCGCAGCGGAGAGUGCCAAAAACCGUCAUAGCAGUAUGGGAAACAGCUCAAACAUUGAGAGCGAGAGCUCAUUUAAAAUGUCAUUCAAAAGAGAAACCAAAGUAUUAAAGACGCUCUCAGUCAUCAUGGGUGUGUUUGUGUGCUGUUGGUUGCCCUUUUUCAUUCUUAACUGCAUGGUUCCCUUUUGCGAACCAAACCUGCCAGAUGGGUCCACGGACUUCUUCUGCAUCAGCUCCACCACGUUCGAUGUGUUUGUGUGGUUUGGCUGGGCGAACUCCUCCCUCAACCCCAUCAUCUAUGCCUUCAACGCAGACUUCCGCAAGGCCUUCUCCAUCCUCCUGGGAUGCCACCGGCUCUGCCCGGGGAGCAACGCCAUCGAGAUCGUCAGCAUUAACAACAACAUGGGUGCCGCUACCUCGAACCCCAACUGUCAGUAUCAGCCCAAGGGCCACAUCCCAAAGGAAGGGAACAACUCUGCAAGCUAUGUGAUUCCCCACAGCAUCCAGUGUCAGGAAGACGAAUUACAGAGAAAAGAUGGAUGUGUUGGGGAGUUCGAGGUGGGAAUGGUAAAGAACGCCCUGGAGAAGCCCUCCCCGGCCAUCUCUGGGAAUUUAGACAGCGACACCGAGGUCACACUGGAAAAGAUCAACCCCAUAACACAGAAUGGGCAACAUAAAGCUGUGUCAUGUUGAGGAAACCUUUGCAAUGAUGGAUCGAAACUCAAUGAGACAAAAGUUCCAAGACGACAAUAAAACAAACAUUAGGGACAAGGAUCUCCAAGAAUAUGCCUGACAGGAAAACAAGUGACAGGACUCCAGACUGUCAACAAAAAUCCACAUAGAAAAACCUACAGAAUGUUAAAAAGUAAAGGCACUUUAUCCUGGAUAUAACUAUCUGCAAAAUACGUUCAGCAUUUGUGGAUGACAUCCUUAUAUUUGAUGAUAAAUGUUGAUCACAUGUAUAUUAAAGCAGAAAAGCAGUGCAUAUGCAUACAUCUCUAAAAUAUCUCCUUGGAUGUAUACAUCUGCAUGCAUGUACUGUACAGAUCAGCAUUGACAAUUCUCUGAAAGGACUUAAACACAUUAUAUUCAGCGGGGGAAAAUGUAGUAUUAGUGAAAUAUCAUGUAGGUAGGUGCUUUGUAGGUGUCACAUGAAAGAAAGAGCAAUGUGGAUAAACAGGUGCAGUAAAAUUAGUUGCUUAUACGUUUUUGUUUUUUGUUCAACUCUUCAGUAUUUUGUUGCAAAAUUGACAUCUAUAUUACAGUGGUUAUUUAUUAAGCUUUUGACAUUUCUGACAUUUCUGUAAAUGCCAAAGUAACAGUGUACUCUGAGUUAAGCCUAAAUAGGCUCUGUUAGAGUCUGAUCUUGGGAUUAAGAUUUUGAUGAUGAUAUGAUGAAGAUGAUGUGUAUGGACAGAGAAAGAGAGAGACAAGGAAAUUGAGGAAUUACUGGUGGGAUUUUUGCCAUCUCCUGUAUCCCAUUUCUGAUCAAAUUAACGCCAAGUGGGGCUGAACAAACUGUCUUACCUAAAACCAUCCUGAGUUUCUUAUCUCCUACCCUUCUCGUAUUUGCUUUACCUCCUAUCUGCUGCUUAUUAAGCAGUCAUUCGAUCUCUUCUCAUCUUCAUUUUCCUGUUCUCGUUUACCUAGUCUGCAAAUCCCAUUCUCCUUGACAAUGCCCCUCUAUCGUGCUCUUUGUCAACAGGCUUCUUUUUUGCACUUUAGCUAUUGUGUUUUUGUCUUGACUUUCUUCACCAUCUCUUUUGGCAGCCCUCUAUUUUAGGUACUUCGUCUGCCCGCUCGGAGUGGUGCUAAUGAUUCUUUACUUGGCAAAUACAUUUGCCAAGUAAAGUAAUGUUUAAAUUAAAAUCUCCAUUGCCAAGGAUGCAGAGAGGCCAAGGAUGCAAGUUCACCAAGCUGAAAUACAUGUGACACUUAGUGACCUUUUGCAAACUUGCAGAUAUCAGAUUUGUAAAUUGCUCAUGCUGGGAGCCGUACUGUGCUGUAGUGGUGAUGUGGAGCACGCAGUGUGAUAGAUUGCUCCAUUUUGCAGAUGUGGAGUCACAGACGGUGCACUGUGAUGAGGGUUAGCCUUGAGCUGUCAGACAGGUUUUGUGUCUUUCCACAGCUGUACUUUAAAAACAAAACACUCCUAAAUUAGGACUAAUUAGGAAUAAAUUGGGGUAUUUCACAGAAGGAGAACAUUAACUUCUUCUUAUAGAGUUCUCCAGCUAAUGCUAGUUCAAAUACAGCUGCCUGAGUAAUGGUUCUCAUUUUCACUGAAUUUCCAUGAUUGUGAUCAGAUGUACUGCUUCCUGAACAGCUGGAUCUUAACUAACUUGGUUAAGAAACGAUAAUAUGCUGACAACAUAUACUAUGACAUGUUUACCAUUGUUUUUUUUAAUUUAACAUUAUAUGUUUUUUUUUUCAAGUUUUGUUUUUGUGUCACUUCUUUAGCUUACAAAUAGUUCAAUGGCAACCACAUUAGGACAAACUGAGACAGAUUUGGAAAACUGUUCCACUGGUGUUGCCCAGAGUCAGCCGGUGUUAGGUGGGCCUCUAUGUCCUGAUUUUUAAUAAUUGUUGAAUAUCUAGCCCACAUAUAUACCACAAACUUAACACUAAACAGAGAGUUUAAAAAUCUUUUAAGAAUCUCCACUUUGAAAAGAGUUUUUAAAAAUCCGUUUUUUUUUUUUUUUUUUUUUUUUUACCAAUAUUGUAAAAUAUGUGGGUUAAUGGGGACAGGGCCUUUGCUUGUUAGGAAAAUCCCAAAUUUGACAAAUAAGCAAAAUAAUAUGCAUCCCCUUAGUUACAGUUUUGUUAGUCGUACAUACAAAAACAGAUUUGUAAAAGAUUGGCAGAGGAAAAUGCAUAUGCAAGUGCAGCUGACAUAAUCAAAGACAGUAGACGACCAACAACAAUCAGAAGUUUAGUCCGCAGCUUUGAUGCCGAUCCAUUAAAAAAGCCUUAAUCGACAUUCUGAGCCACAACAUGGGAUCAGAUCAGACAUCUCUAAUCAAAACUUUACAAACAGAAAAUAGCAGUUACAGCAAAACAGACCAUAGGACCAAAUUAUUCUAUUUCAGUUUUAUUUGCAUUUUGUUUCUUAGUAAAACAGAAACAUAACCUCUUCCUUUGUAAGUUACAAAAGACAGCUUGUUAUUUAAUAGAAGAGAUUUCAAACAUAAUAAUACAGCAAAGGAAUGCAGGCAGCAAAGGAAUGCAGGCAGACUGGUGGAAAUAGUUUUAUUCAGCAUAAAAAUAUAAUUAAAGAUAUUCCUGUUUCAUAUACAGUACAGACCAAAAGUUUGGACACAUUCUCAUUCAAAGAGUUAUCUUUGUUUUCAUGACUAUGAAUAUUGUAGUUCCACUCUGAA